AUGAUGGCAGUGACCCUCUAUUUGGACUGUUUGAUGACAGCACACUUCAAAACCAGAGCAUCAACUCUCUUGUUACAGCACAAUCGACACAGUUGAAAGUGACACCAACAAAUGUUGUACAGGCGUCCCUGGUGACUGGGAGCCCACAGCAGGUGGUUCAAGUCCAGCAGCCCCAUGGGUCUCCACUUACCCAAGUUACACCUGGCUCUCUUACACAAGUCCAGCUCCAAGGAUCCCCAGUCAUCUACCAACAAGCUGUGCAAUCCAACAUUAGGUCCCCUGCAAACAGGCAACAUUUACAAAUCCGUCCCAAGCCAUCACCCUCAACCCCCAAUAUGAAACAACAGGCUGUUACUAACAACCCUGUUAUACAGAUAGGAGGAGGAAAUGCUGCUAACAUAGUGGUCCCAUCUGCCAGUGGCCAAGCUGUCUCUCUGCAACAUAUUCAGCCUGCCCAGGCUACCACGGUACAGCAAAUACAAGCUGGUUCCAAGCUACAGAUGCCUGCCACAAUCCAGCUUGCCAACUCUGGGACGACAAUCCAGGGCCAGGGUAACACUAACAUCCAAAUAAAGCCCCCACAGUUGAACCUCCAGGGUACCAUAAUACAAACUUCCCAAGGUAAUAGGAUACUGAUCCAGAGUCAACCCACACAGGUGAAUGUUCAACAGUUUGUGCUACAACAAGGUGCUCAGAAGUCGAACAAUGUACAAUUUGUGACUAAUUCAAACACGAAUGCUAUCCUGCCGAAUAAUCUCAUGCAAAACCAGAAUGUGUUAAAGACUAGUGUUGUUGGCGGGGCGAACAGUGUAUUGAAUACCCAGGCUAACCCACAAGGACAACAGAUUGUGUUGCAACAAGGAGCCCAGCCUGGUCAGUUUGUGGUCCAGCAACCCUCGCAACAAGCAUCAAACUCCAAUAUCAUAGUGAAACCUAACACAGUACACUAUCAGCCUCAAACAACGAUCGUUAACAUUCCAGCCCCUGUUCAAGGUCAAGGUCAACCUUUACACAUCACUCAACCUAAUAUGGUGACUAUGACUGUAGCGUCUUCUAACAGCACUCAGGGGCAACAGACCCAACAUGCUUUAGCCACUCAACAAGUGAUAGCCACUCCACAGACUGGUACAACUAAACCUAUUGCAACUAAUUCAAGUGGUGUUGUCACUCUAAAUAUAGGUGGUAAAUUAAUCAAUGUUCCCAUACAACAGCUGCAGAAUAUUAAGAAUCUGUCUCAGGGGCAACCGACAACAGUUGUCAGUUCCACCGAGGCACAACCUCGUCUCCAGAUGGUUCAAACCACUAAACAAGUGUCGAGUCUACCCCAGGUCACAGGGACCCAAGUUAAAGCUACUCAGCAAAGCCAGCCUAAUAUCUUAUUACAGGGAACUCGUGGAGGUAUGGCACCCACAGGGAACAGCAGUACUGUCAGUGUGAACAAUAGUACUGUCAAUCUGAAUAACAGUACUGCCAGUGUGAAUAAUGGUACUGUCAAUCUGAACAACAGUACUGUCAGUGUGAACAAUGGUACUGUCAAUUUGAACAAUAGUAAUGCAAUAAACAGUCAUAUGCUUCUUAAUAACAGCUCGAAUCAACGAAUUCAAACCCCGGCUGCAUCAAAUCAGCCUGCUUUUGUGCAACAGACUUUCAAAAUGGAACCUCAAAAGCAAUUAAACCCUGGGAUUAUUCCACAGAACCUUAUGACGCUGGUUACUGAAAGCCACCAACCUCCCCAGGGGUUGUACAACCAAAAGCCUAUAACUAUUCCUUCAGUAGGCGCACCCAAUAAGAACAUAACAGUUUCUAGUGCCAUUCAACAUAAUGACAUAUCAUCAACUCAGGAGCAAUCUAAGGUAUUACUUCCUCAGUCAACUACAGCUGGUACUAUUCAGUACAGACCCAUUGUUACCAUGACAACAACAUCAUCCUCAUCCCCCACCCCCAACCAUGUGCAGAACUCCCAGAACCAACCCCAACAGCAGCAAAUAAUUCCACAGGCAGUAAACAUCAAGACCGUACAAAACUCUGAGGCAGCCAGGCAAUACAUCUCUCAGAAUUUGCCACAAGCCACCAAACGAUCCUCUAUGACUUUGCAAGAGGCUAUCAGCAAGGUAGAACUGGAGUUAGCCAGUUUGAAUAGAGUGAUCACCAAGACGAAGCACCAAGAGACAACCCAUGCACAGCUGGUGAACAUGCACAAACAACUGAUGUUGAAGAAACAGGUGGUGCUUGCCCAGCAACACCAGCAGCAAGUGGGCAAGGUUCUAACACAGCAACAGCUUUUGAACCCUCAACAGCAGUUGAAUCAGCAACAACAGCAAUUGAAUCAAUCAUCUCAGCAACAGCAGUUAAAUCAGUCAGCACAGCAACAGCAAUUGAACCAGGCUGUACAACAACAGCUUAAUCAGCAAACACAGCAAUUGAAUCAGCAAACACAGCAAACGAAUCAGAGCACAUCACAGAUGAAUCAGCAAACACAACAACUGAGUCAGAAUACACUGCAGUUGAAUCAACAAACUCAGCAAACACAGCAAAUGAAUCAGCAGCAACACAUUUUAUCUCAGAGCCAAAGUGGUUUAAUAAACCAACAAGCAAGCAAUUCCGCCUCCCAGUUGUCCCUAGUUGGCAGCAAACCCUCUUUCCCAACAGGCAUUCAGUCAGAAUUACCAAGCAACUCUCUGCCUAGGCCUGUGAAGCUGACACAGCCAAAUGGGCAUGUUGACUCUCCACCUCAGAUUGUGAAGAUUAUUAAACCAUCCAGUGUAGGUGCUUCUCAGAACAGUAUGUCUGACAUUAGUGUAGUAAACACCCCACCCCAGCAGAUGAGACCUGUUACCAUGGCAACAACCACCACACAAAACUAUUACCAAGUUAUAACAACGACAAACUCCCCCAUAGCCAAUACACUGGCAUCUAAUGGAACAGUACAAGUGGCUCCUGGUCUAACAAAUACUGUUCCAGUUGUUGCUAAUGCUGCCCCAGUUGUCGCUAAUGCUGUUCCAAUUGCUUCUAAUGCUGUAUCAAAUGCUGCUAAUGUUGCACCAACUGCUACACAAAUAAGAGUUGGCAACCAGGUUCUUAAUGUGAACAUGACCCAGGAGAAUAAGGAAAAGUUGGAAGCUAAGUUAGCAGCUCUAAGUCCUGAACAGCAGCAGAUGUUUAUAAAACAUCAACAGUUGUUGGCUCUGAGGCAGCAACAGAAGAGAGUUCAGAGUAUACAACCAAAGAUUCCACUGACAGUACAGCAAGUCCAGGUUGGUAGUACUGCCAGCAAACAGAUAGUUAUACAGACUCCAGGUACAGGUGGAGUCAUCAGCCGUAUUCAGAGAGCUCCUGGUCUUCCUCAAGUAGUCACUAAGGCUGGUCUGUUGAAGCAGUACCUUCAAAAGGACCAGCUGAAUGUCUACAAACAAGACAACAAAACUCCCUUUAAGCACUACAAGGAUGCAUGUAAACGUCUCCUUAAGUUCCAUGUCUGGCAAGGCAACGAGCCAGGAGAGGAGGAGUUUAAGAAGGCAGAUGAAGCCCUGGAGGAGGUUGGCCAAAGCCUGUUGAAGAAGAAACAAAGCAUGUUUGAUAAAUACCAGAAGUUGCUCUAUGAUGAUGCCAUGAGAGAGCAGAUCUCAUCAGAGGGGGUCAUGAUUCAACGCCUUCAGCUCAGUGAUGAGAAGACAAUCUUUGAAGAGGAACAGAAACUCGUCAAAGAAGACCCAGAUCAAUUCAAGCCAUUCCUGUUUAAGAAACCAGAGAAGCAUGAGUCUGUUAGCAGUGUGGAGAGUGAGAGCAAACAUAAGCCAGACAAUUUAGCUGAUCUUCUCUCAGAUAGUCAUUCCGACAUAGUGGAAGUCCCUCCAACAUCAAUAAAUCAACAUAUAAAAACUGAACCUGGAAUCAAGCAGAUAAAAACUGAGCCUGAAAUCAAGCAGGAAAUGAAAGAUGUAAAAGUAAAGACUGAGCAGGGCAUAAAGACUGAAUCAGAAAUCGAAAUUGCAAAUGAGGAAGUGAUCAUAAAAACUGAAUCCCCGUCAGAUUCAAAUGUUGAUGAGGAUAUUGACGAUUAUGCUCCUUUGGUUAGAACGUUAAAAACAGAAUCAGGAGGCACAAUGAAAUUAAUCAUUAAGAACUCACCUAGACCACAUUCCCCUGCUCCUGAUAUUAAGGCGGAACAUGUUAAUGUUGAAGCAAAUGAAGUUGUUGAAGAUGAGCCCAUGAAAAAGACUGAUAGACCUGUAAGUGUACUCAGUAGCUCAAGUGACAGUCUUGACAAUACACCCCUAGAUAAACGAUUACACCUAAAGCGCAAACUUAGCACAGAUUCCGAGUCAAAUUCAGUCAGUGCUGGCAGUGAGCAUGAAUUACCUGAUAAACGAAAGACUGAAUCAGAUAUUGCGGUCGAGGGGCUAUUAUCUAUGGUGCUGCCACCUGAGCAGGAGGUGGUUGAAGAAGAGGUAGUGAUAGAAGAACCAGGUGAAGUCCCAUUCACUGAGUUCCAAGAGGACCAACAGGCUAUUGGCAGCAUAACAAAUGACUCUAGUGAUUUCUUCAAUAAUGAUAUUGUCUUCGACAGUGAAUACAAUCAAACUGAUCUCUAUCAUCAUGACCAUCGGACUAAUAGCUCAGAUCUCAUAACAACUAACUUAGAUAACUUAGAUGAUGAAACACCCCAUGUUGGCCAAGAUGUGCACACUGAACACAUAGAAAUAGACUCUGAGGAUAGUGAGUCUGAUAGUGAUGAUUCAAAUGUUAAUGAUACUGAUAUGUUAAGUGAACAGGUUGUUGAUCAACAGGAUGGUCAAGAUGGUGGGUCUCUGAAUGAACAAGUCCAAAGUGCAAUAGACAGUAUCUUGAGUCUUCAGAAUUUCACUGGAGGCACUGGUCACCCUAGUAUUACAGAAAACCCAAAUGACCUUGACCCAUCUAUGCUAGACUUGCAGCAUUUUGCUACUCAGCCUCAUUUUGACGAGGUUCAAAAUGAGACUGAUUUCACCAGCCAGCCUCAAAUUGAAAUUGGUCAGGACAGCACUGUUGAUGAAGAACAUGGAAUUGAGGAUGAACAAGACAUGGCUAUACAAAGUAUACUGAUGUAAGGGAAUGCACCAAUUGUCAAGGAUGUCUGUUAUUAUUGAUACUGUACUCUGAUUCUCAUAAAUAACUACCUGAUAUCAGAUUAGGUUGUCUCAAAAUAGAAAGUAGUGGUGAAAACAAAGAGUGAUUUCAUACUUGAAACGUUUACAAUCAAAAUUUUCUAGAGAUUAGAAUUCAUUCACUAAGGUAAACCAUGUAGAAAAAUAAAUUUUUUUCGGUUAGAAUUGUGCUCAGUACAAAGAGAAAAUAAUGAAGUAGAUGAGUUAAAUUAAAAUUAUUUUACACCUGCUGAUAAGCAAUAUACUUGUCUGUGUGAUAAUAUACUUUAGUACAGAAAUCCAAUGAUGAAACCAUAAUAUAUUUUGGUAUAGAAAUAUCAGAUAGAAUAAGAUACAGAUCUUCCAGAAUUUCCUAUGGUUGUGAAAAAUAUGUACUUCUGAAACUGUAAAUGUACGUUCAGAAAGUCAGUUCCUGUUUGCAUAAUAUGUGCUGUAAUGUAGUGACUUAGCCAAAAUGACUGGAAAUGAGUAUGCAAUAAGAUAGAGAAAUGUUUGGAAUAUUUUUGAUAAUAGAUAGUUUAGAAUGGGCAGAUUCAAUACAAUGAUUCCAAAUGUGCUUGCUAGUAUUAUAUGAAGCAUGUGAUUAUGCCUGGGUCACAUUUGCUCCGAUCCAUCGGCCGGCGCCCAGCCGAUUGAG